AUCAGUAUAACAGCAGCUAUAGUGCAAGUAGGACGUUGUCUGUGCUGUAUUGAAUGUUGUGCUUUUCAUUCAGUUUGAUUACAGACUGUGACGUUAUUGUUCAGUGAUGGCAUUGAAAUGUAUAGUGGCUUUAGGCUUGUUGGCGCUGUUUUUAGAAGUAGCAACAGAAGGAAUUCAUUUGAAUAUAACUAGCGCUUGGAAGCCAGACUUCGGUUGGGAAGUGACUUGUAUGUGGGAGACACCGCCCAAUGAUACACUACAGUCGGUGCGAUUGCAGAAUAAUGGACAGCAGUUCAUGAUCUACAGACCUGAGAUACACGGUGCAUCUAGAGUGGAAGCAUUUAGAACACCAGAGAACGUGAUGAGCGUCGAUUGUACGUUAACCGCGACAAAGGGACGCAAAGGACGAUGUGUUCUCACUAUCGAGCCUUACCAGCCGCCCACGAACGAUUUCACGUACACGUGUGAAGUAUCCGGAGAGCGGCCUACAUUCAUGAUUGAGAGAAUGGACUAUGUAGUUAAAACCAUAGUGCCUCCGAGCAAUGCUAAAUUGGAAUAUAAGAAGUACGAUGAAGUUUCUCCUGGACGUGUUAUGAUGAACUGCACAUCUACUGGGCUUCCAGCGCCGACCUUGCAGUGGACAGUCGGUAAUGACAAGGUCCAAGCUGACUUUACUGGAAGGUUCUGGAAUAGGACAACGAAGUUAUGGCAUGUGUGGUCGUUCUUCGCGUAUACUCGGGUGGAUCCAUCGACGACCAUUACAUGUAGUCCUGAAGUAGUGACACAAGAAGAGCUGCUCAAAGGAUCGCCGGCUGCAUUUAGUUCUGCUAAUCUAUUAGAUCCAGCCAAAACAAUGAUAUUGCUGUUUACAAUUAUUGCUCUUCUUCGGUGACGUUUGAAGAUUGAAUAUAGGAAAAGAUACUUAAAUGAAACAAGACAUUUGAUGUAUAUGUAUUAUAAUUUCAGAGUUAUACAUAAUGCUGCGGUUACACAUUAUAUACCCGUAAACAGUAAGCGACGAAGAAAGUUACAUGUGUCUCGUAAGAGAUGUAACUUUAUUCGUCAAAUUGGGCUUGUUCCGUUUACUUAACUAAAUUUACCUAACCAGGUAGGUAACAAGAAUAUUUUUCCGUUUUCGUAACCAGUCAAGUUUUUGCUAGGGUGGGUAAACUUUACUAGUUUCAUGCCUUCAAUCCCAUGUAAAAACAAUCAUCUAUCGAUUUCAAGAGCAAAUAUAUCUAUUCAAUAUCGACCUAGAUAUUUUACGUUUGUUCUCGAUUUUUAUGUUUUAAGUCCCGGAAUUCAUCUUGCCAAUUCCAAAAUUUCUAAUUUUUUAUUUUUUUAUACCAUAAGGCGACAAACGAUCAAAGUUGGGCCUUCGGCACGCAAAAAUGCAAGUGUGCGGAUACCAAACCGCUGAUACUACUGUGAAACCACAGGGCCGAUUUCACUCUAGCGGAAACCACACAGCUAAUAUUUGGAAUUUUGGAAAAGUAAUACUUUACUUAGUAAUAAUAAUAGUAAUAGAUGUCCCGGAAAAUAGAAAAGUAUACGCAUCCGGUUACGAAAACGGAAAAAUAUUUCUUGUUACCUAACUGGUUAGGUAAACAGAACAAGACUCAAAUAGUAUAAUACAAUUUAAAUGUAGAACUAGAUCGUAAAAGCUUUUAAUGACACUAGCAGACUAUAAAUAUGUAUGGAAGUAUAAGAAAUGGAUGGCCAAAUUCGUUUAGCGAUUGAUAAACUAUUUUAGAAUAUUAAUUAGCUAUUUCUUAUAUAAAUAACUUAUGUUACACAUUACAGUUUUAUUGGAAUUUGCGAUACACAAGGUCCAGUGUAACCGCAGCUUAAGAGUUAUUCCCUUGAAUGUUGGCAACACUGCAUUUUCCUAAUUUCGUUAGGAAUCAAAUUAUGUUAUAUUUACUCUUUAGUGAUUAUGAAUAUUAACUAUUGCAGUAUUGAAUAUUGCUUUAUGUAGUUUUGAUAUUAUAAAUGUACUUUUCAAUGGCAACUCAGCCUUUGUAAACGCUUUUUAAUGUUCGGAAAUGACAUUUUGCUGCCAAAAGAAAUGCUGUGUUGCCAACAUAUUUAGAAAAUCUUUUAAAUUGCAGAUUAUUAAAGAAAUUCUUAUCGCAGCAAUGUAAAUUUUGAUAUUUUAAA